CAUCCUGUCCGUUAUAUCGUCUUCUCUAUCGUGGGAACCAAAAAUUUGAGUGGCUCUUCUACAACUAGUUCUAGUUAAGUGAUGAGUUACUACGAGUUAUGUAAUUAAGUAGGAGUCAAAUGGGAACAGUUUUAGAUUCUGAAAAUUUGUGCUGACCGAUUUUGAUGCAGUGUCAAAUUACCAUUGUGUCAGCGGUGGAGUAACAGGAAGUAGCUCAAUUUUUGCAAGAAGGAAACUCUUGCAAGAGUAACAAAAGACGGAUCAAAGGAGUUUGACUCGGACGAAAAACUUCCAGUGGCAAAUAUUUACUAGAACACAACCUCGAAGUUUUGCAUCGUUUCAAGUUUUGCCAUUCCUGAAAAAACAAUAACUAAUAAAAUGCACCCUUUGUUAUGCAAACUAAAAACUUGAACGUUGCAAAUAUCUGAAGGGUUUAACUAAGGCUCUAACAAUACGGUUAUCCUGCACGUGAUGGACGACAACGUGAUGAGACUUACUCGACAACAUGAUUUAAACCCACAUCUAAUGACGCUAGCGAUAUUCUGUAUAAAGUUGGCUAAAGAAGAAUACGGGUUCUGAGUAGGAAAACAAUGUUUGAAAAGUCUCGAAAGAGUUUCAUCUCAGGAGCCAGGGGGACUUAUAGAGUUCGCGAUUCGUCACUUGAUGCUACACCGUCCUCCACCACAAACAAUAACUUGAAUGCAAUUUCCAACGCUGCUGGACCACCAACCACCUCCAAAGCUUCCAUUUCCAGCUCCACAUAUAGAAUUUCCAGGAGUAGAUCCAGUAGAGCAAAACGGUUGAGCAUUACAGUGAUAUUUCUGGAUGAUUCUCAACACACCUUUGAAGUGGAGAAAUCUGCUAGAGGAUCGGUACUUCUAGAUAAAGUGUUCCAACACCUGGAGCUAAUUGAGCGAGAUUACUUUGGACUUACAUACGAUGAAUUGUUACCACCACCAGAAGUUAUCCAUCCUUUGAGCUCGCCCCAUUUGCGUUGGGUAGAGGCAUCAAAGCCCUUAAAAAAGCAAAUCCGUUUUACCAAGCCGUCGCAAAAGAAAUCAUCGUUUGAGUCAUCCAACGGUGAUUUUCGUCGAAAAUCUGGUUCAAAACUGAGAGACUACUCGUCAACAUCUUCUAUUAGUUCCUGUGCAACCGUGUACUUCAGAGUGAAGUUCUUUGUUGAAGACCCAUCAAAACUCCACGAAGAGUACACAAGAUAUCAUGUGUAUCUACAAAUACGAAAGGAUAUCAAUGAAAACAGGCUACUUGUCAGCCCAAGCACCGGUUGCGUCCUGGCAUCGUAUGCAGCUCAAUCAGAAAUUGGAGAUUUUGAAAAUGAGCUACAUGAUCACGAGGGGCUCUAUUUGAGAAGACUCAAUUUACGAAUAAAUGGACCCCAUAUUGAAGACGUAUAUCGCAAAAUUUGCGAAAUUCAUCAGCUUCACCAUGGACAAACCCCAGCGGACGCUGAAUUUAAUUAUUUGGAUCAAGUUAAGAAACUGGAUGCUUAUGGAGUCAAUUUUCAUCGAGUGAUGGAUAACGCUGGGAAGGAUCUGGAGUUGGGGAUAUCCUCCGAUGGCAUCCGAGUUUAUCACAGUGGCCUCAAAAUUAAUACAUUUUGUUGGAGCAAAAUUACAAAGAUUGCUUUUAAAAGAAAGCAGUUUUUCAUACAACUACGCCGAGAGCUGAGUGAAGACUAUGAUACUCUUCUCCUGUUCGAAUGUUUUAGUUACAGAAGUUGCAAAGCUUUAUGGAAGUGCUGUGUGGAAAAUCAUGCAUUUUUCCGCCUCCGGUCACCGCCCCCUGUUCAUGUUCCAACCCUUGCCCUCUUUGGGUUUGGUUCCCGUUUUCACUACACUGGAAAGACUGAAUAUCAAACUCGAGAAGACGCUUCAAAAAGUGUUUCCAGAACUAGGAGAACUUUCUUUAGAUCUCAAAGCAAACGUGUUGUGGUUAGCAAACAAGUUACACCUGUUUUGGAUUCUAGAAGAACGAUUCAGUCGUCUGAAGAAGUAGACAUGAUUACAAAUGGCGAUUGCAAUAAGGAAAACAGUAGUCAUUGGGACGGCAAUAAUUCUCAGAUGAAAUAUCCUAUGAACGAUAAAAACGAACACAAUAACGCUCUGGAAACUUAUGGGAUUGUUAGUUUAAAAGAGUCCAAAAUCGAUGCAUGGACGAAUAAAAAUGGUGGCAACGGGGUUUAUCGAAACACUAACGGAGCUUUGAGCGAUCGAUUGAAAUUAACUCUGCCACUGGAUUCAAGUAGUCGCACGGGCGUUUCGGCUCGACACCAGGAACAGCCACGAAUGGCUUGGGCAGAGCAACACUUGUCUGACGACGAGGGUGGAUUUGUUGAACCUGUUUCCUCUCAGCAAGUUCAGCUCUGCAAUGGAGGUAAACUCAUGGGUUCCAGUACAGCUCAAGUUGCAGCUAUUGUUCUUAACGCAGCAGCAGCAAUUUCAACGCCUCAUAUUUCCAAAGGAAUUGCUUUUAUGGAUGACGAUGAAAAUUCUAUUUCUGAUGACGGAAUUGUGACCAUCCGCUUAGAGCCUGACGCCCAUGAUGGAAAGUUUGGAUUCAAUGUGAAAGGAGGAUUUGACAUGGGAUGUCCAAUACUCGUGUCGCGAGUCGCACCUGGCACUCCUGCUGACCAAUGCUACCCUCGAUUAAACGAAGCUGACCAAAUAAUUCAAAUCAAUGGAAGGGAAACUGCAGGAAUGAUCCAUGCAGAUGUAGUUAGUGCGAUUCGCAGUGCUGCAUCUGUGAAGAAAGAACUUGUUCUUCGUGUGAAGCAAAAUGUUUACACGACGGAUGACUACGAAGAACCACCAUUCCGUUACGUGCCAGAAGUGCCUUUGCUGCAAAUGCCAUCUCAGAGGGGGAAUGGGUCAGAAUCUAUUCAAAGCCCGUUGACCGCUUCCAUGCUCCUCUUGGCAGAAGCCAUUGAGACUGACAUUUCGAAUCAGUUUGAUCUUUUGACUCGAAGAAAACCAGAGCUAACUUGUGACGCUGCCAAGGACCAAGAAAACUCUUCCAAAAACAGAUACAGAGAUAUUUUACCUUAUGAUAAGACGAGAGUGUUACUGAUAAACUCCCCGGGAGGUGGAGAUUACAUUAAUGCUAAUUUUAUUUCAAUGGAAGUGCCAUCGUCUGGAGUGGUCAACCGUUACAUUGCUGCCCAAGGUCCGCUGUCAACUACAACCGGUGAUUUCUGGAUUAUGACCUGGGAGUCACAGUCUCCGUUGAUUGUUAUGCUGACCUCACUUAACGAACGCGGAAGAUCAAAAUGCUUUCAGUAUUGGCCUGACCAAACCAACAAUCCAGUCACUCAUCAUAACAUUCAGGUCACCCUUGUUCAAACAAAAAGCUCGAGGCAAUGGAUCCAAAGAGAAUUCACCAUCAAACACCUUCAGACAAAAGAGGAACGGUCCGUCAUUCAACUUCAAUACGAGUCUUGGCCGGAUCACGGCACCCCCUCUGACAAAAACUCCUUCAUUCGUUUUAUGGACAAAGUCAGACAAGUUCGUUCUGGGUCAUUUGAUCCUGUAAUCGUGCAUUGUUCCGCCGGAAUUGGUCGAACGGGAGUUUUAAUUUUGAUGGAAACUGCCGAAUGUCUAAUUGAAGCUAACCAGCCUGUCUACCCCUUGGACAUUGUGAAUAGAAUGAGAGAGCAACGUCCACUUAUGAUACAAACGUCUUCACAAUACCAAUUCGUUUGCGAAGCUGUCUUAAAGGUUUACCAAGAAGGAAUUGUACGUCCAAACCCUGAAUUUUGUAUUGCAGCCCCCAAUUCACCUGCAAACUGCAACGGAGCUUCUUCGUCGGCAAAUUCAUCAAGGACUUUUGCAUCGUGGUUCACCUCAGCCAAAUUGUUUAACUGAAACUUGAGUUUUGCAGUGGUUGGAAACUAUUUGGAGUGGUGACAUGCUUGUUUUAUUGAUAACUUUUUUAGUGAAUUUACAAAGUAGGAGGAACAAAGUAAAUUUUAAGUAAAGAAAAUGUACGCUCGUGUUGUUUUAGAAUUUUAUUGUGAAGCUGUGACGUGAACUGAUGUUUUUUCGGUAUUUGAUCUCGAAACUUUUUUUGUCAUAAUUUAUCAAGUAUUUGUAUCCCAAUUUAAGUAACCAUAAUUUCUGUGAUUUAAUUCUACUUCUUCUGGAUCGCGUAGAUAGAUGACAACAUAUUUAUAGCAUGCGUAAUAAGUUUAUUAUAUGUGACAAAUAAAGACCAGAUACUGCAAUAAGUAUUACCAAA